UAGAAUAUUUAUUUUGCCCAAACACCCCUGCCAACCGUACACAAUGGACCAUUCCUAAAAUGGCGGCGGUUUCUGUUAGUGUGGAGUGAAACUUUCCUAUUUUUAUCAAACAUUUUGCCAUUUUUUAACCUAUUCCGUCGAUCGUUGCCACACGUUUAUCGAAGCAAGCGUUGUGGGGGUUCAUAGACGUUCGACACUCACCGUCAGGAUCGAGCGUCGUCAUUCUGGGCUGCGUUUUUGAUCGCGAAAUCGCUGGGCUUCCUUCGAAGUUGACGGCGGCUAAGUGCCUGACAUUGCGAUCAUACCGACUGUUAUUGUCAUCGGUUUGCUCGACGCGGAGCCGUCAGGUGAGACCGGACGACAGACUAGUAGCUAGCUAGCUUUCCGGGUAAAGUGCAGCGAAAACGGUACGGUUCCUUCCCGUUUAGCUAAAUUCCGACGGAGCAGGUCGGAGAUCCUGUGGACGUGUCACGUCACCUGUCAGUGGAAUAAAUAGGUGGUGUUGGAUGUCACCACCACACCGUAGCAGACUGAAUUUGGUUUGCUAGCAUCGUCCAUCCUGGCAAAUCAAAUGGAGAAGCUCCAGGACCUGAGCCAAUCAGAGCUUCAGGAGCUCCUGGACAAUCCAGAGAGGGUGGAGUCUAUGGCUCUGGAGUCUGACGAGAUCCAGAACAUCCAGCUGGAGAGAGAGAUGGCGCUUGCAUCAAAUCGCAGCCUGGCUGAGCAAAACCUGGACAAGAAGCCUCAUCUGGAGUCACAGAAGGAGAUCCUGGUGGAGAGAUAUGCUCAGCUUGAGUCUGUCAGAGAAACCUAUAGACAACACUGUGCACUGAGAGAUGGAAUGGUGGGUCAGGUGUCUCCAGAGGCGCUGUUUUCCAGACUACAGGCAGAGGGUGGCAAAACAGAGGAGGAGUCAGAGCUGCUAGCUGAUGAGUUUCUGGAGGGUUCUCUGCCAUUGGACUCCUUUCUUGAACGAUUCCUCUCGCUGCGCUCCCUCGCUCACAAAAGACGAGUGCGGAUAGAGAAACUCCAGGAGAUCCUGCGACAGAGGAGCGAAGGCAAUCCCAAUGCCAUGACAUCGUCAACCUGUGCCAGCCAGGACUCGGUGACCACACCUUCACCAUGGAGCCAACAGACGACAACGACCACGACACCAAGUCAGCAGCAGAACACGAAAGCUCAGUCUGUCAGCUACCCUACGCCGUCGCAGCCGGCAGCCUCAUGUACUGGCGGCUCCUCCGGCCUCCCGUACAGCCCGUAUCCUGUCUCUGCGCCCAACCCUCCCCCAGUGGCAGCAGCUGCAGCCUCCGGCCCGGCCAACCCUCCGUCACAGUUCCCACCCUACCCCAGCUCCGGCUCAUCCUUUACCCCAGCAGGGAGCUACGCUGGCCCUAGGCCGGCGUUCGGGCCUCCAGCCGCAUCCACCUGUCCUUAUCCAACCCAGCCCUCCUUCUCUGCUCCACAUCCAGGCUCAGCGUUUGGCCAGUACACCCCCAGCCACCCCCAGAGCGGCCCAACACCCUACCCGGCCUCCUACUCCUACGGGGGCUACAGCUAUCCGGCCGGGCCCGCCUAUUCCAACUCUCAGUCGCCAACAGGGAGACCCAUCUACAGACCAGGAUAUGGAGUUCCACAGCCAUACUCCUGAAAGCACUACUCUGUCUCCUAAAGCCUUCCUUUCUUUACCCUCUCCCCCUUCCCUCCUCUACCCCCCUUUCCCUUACCCCUCCUCUUGAUACCUUUUACACCUCCUCCUCUUCCUCCUCCUUUUCCUCCUACUUUCUCCCAUUUUCCCAGAUUGUCUGAUUCAAGAGGUCUCUUGCUUUACUUAUCUUUGUUGCACUAUUCUCCCCGUCUCUCAAUAUCUGUCUCUUGAUCUCUCUUUGCUCUUUCUCUCCUCCUUUUCCUCCUCGUCACCGACUCUCCUACACUAGUCUCAGGUUGUUGCGUUGUCUUUAAGUGUUAAAACACUACCUUGUAACUGGCCCUUCAUACACUCACUAUUUUCCCUGUCUUUGUCAUUUCUUCCAUUUCACGUGUGUGUACGUGGCUAUUUGGCAAUCAGAAAGUCCUUUUAAACACACAAAUGCACUCCCUGUUACGACAAAUACAUUGGGAAAAAUAUGUCUUUGUAAAACUUCAUCAAUGUCUAGUACCUGUCUGACCAGAGUUGAACUGGUUCACACUGUUAAUUGUGAACACAGUCUGCGUUAAGAAACCACAUAAACAGCUCUUAAUUGAGGUUUACAGGGAAAAUACUCAAUGGCGUCUUAGGCUUCAAAUUGGAGUAGACAAACAAAACAGAUUCAGAUUCAGUAAUAAUGCAUGACAUCAGCAAGUGUAUUCUGGUGGAUCCCCAGCUAUGACAGUAUUUUACCAGCUCUUCCUGACACUUACUUUCCCCCCCCCAAAAAGUGGCAAGUAUGUUUUUUUUUAGCAUUUAGGCAAAAUAACUGCCAGUAAUACAAAAAUAUGUUGUAAUUUUUCAGUUUUCAACCAAAGAACCUUGUGCUAGUGCUUUGUUUCAUUUCAUUUAAUGUUGAUAGUGCUGCAAAAGGAAACCAGUUGCAGGCAUUUGUCAGUUGACGUGUUCCGUGUUCAUGUCUGUAACACCAAUAAACGCUGGUGUUUUCUGUCACAACAGCUCAAACUGUCAGGAACGAUGAUAGGUGCAUAAUAUAAACACUGUCUUUGCUCCAUUUAUACAAAGGAGGAAUUAAUAAAGCUAUGCUAAAGGCAAAUGAGAAACUCCCAUGAUGCCACAUGUGACCACUGUCCUACAUCAACAGUAAAAUAAUUUGGGAGAUACUAGUAACAGCCACAGGCAAAACAAUCAUCAGACUAUUUUGAGUCGCUCAUUCUUAGCCUGUAUUUUCUGCAGUGUAAAGACAACAAAUCUUACACAAAAAUAAGCUGCUGCUUUAAAUUUAAAAAACAUUUUUGAAGUAAAGGCAGUUUAUUUUUCCAUACAAGGGGGCAGCAGACCCAGCAUAAGACAAAAUAAAACGAAUCUGCAUAUUAUCACCUCAGUAAAUGUUAUUCGGAAUGUUUUUAUUUUGAAUGUAUGGACAGUAUUAACUUUCUUUUUGCCCUGUUUUUGGUUUCCACCA